AUGUCGGACCUCAAGUCUUCCAACGUGGAGGCCAGUACAGUUUCCCCACCAUGCCCCGAAGCCUCUACCAGGGACAUCAAGUUGCCCGGUGCAGCUCGCAUGAAGGCCCUGUACUCUUCCCUCACGGUUGUGGAACGAAUUGCCAUCUUCUCUGGCAUCUUCAUUAUUGGUUUCGCUUAUGGUCUCGACAACCUGCUGCGAGGCACGUAUAAUCCCUAUGCCACUGCCUCCUUUGGCGAGCAUUCCCUCUUAUCGACCAUCAAUGUAAUUCUCAACGUUGUUGCCGCUGCUUCCCAGCCGACGGCGGCCAAGAUCGCCGAUAUCUUCGGUCGAGUCGAGCUAGUGGCCUUUUCCGUCUUCCUCUACGUGGUCGGUACUGUCAUCGAGGCCGUCGCAAAGAACGUAUCCACCUAUGCCGGUGGUAGCGUUAUAUUCCAGGUCGGCCAGAGUAUGAUUAAAGCUCUUAACUCAAUCAUCGUUUCCGACCUCACUUCGACCCGCUCACGCCUUUUCUUCAGCUACACUCCUAUCGCGCCGGCUCUUAUCACCACAUGGGUUAGCGGCAACAUCGCCAAUGCCGUCCUUUCCGUCACCGACUGGCAUUGGGGCAUUGGGAUGUGGUGUAUCAUUUAUCCUAUUGCUGCACUUCCUCUCAUAAUUAGCCUCUGGGCCGUCACCCGGCGGGUCAAAAAGGAGGGCACCUUGGAAAAAUCUAGCACCCCCUUCCAGGCUCUCGGCCCAACAGCGUUUAUAGUCGAACUUUUUUGGAUGCUCGAUAUCAUCGGCAUCAUCCUCCUCGUCGCCAUUUUGGCCCUUCUUCUUGCGCCGCUCACCAUCGCCGGGGGCGCCCAGUCCCAAUGGAAGAGCGCCCAUAUUAUUGCGCCUCUCGUUGUUAGCGCCUUUUGUGUUCCAGUCUUUAUCUGGUGGGAACGCAGGGCUCCUUCUCCGUUGAUUUCCAUGACUCUUAUGAAAGACCGAGCUGUCUGGGCUCCGUUGGGGAUUGCCUUUUCUCGGAAUAUUGGGUACCAUCUGCAGGCCAAUUACCUUUAUACGAUCCUUGUCGUGGGUUUCGAUUUUGAUAUCACCGCCGCGACCCGUAUCUCCUCUCUCUUUUCCUUCGUCCAAGUUAUAGUCGGGCCCCUCCUCGGCUUGAUCGUCUUCCGGGUCCGGCGGCUCAAGAUGUUUAUCAUUGGCGGGACUAGCAUAUACAUGAUCGGCUUCGGCCUCCUAAUCCGAUACCGCGGGUCCCUUGCUGGCAACAGCAAGGUCGGUGUCGUUGCAGGCCAAGUGCUCCUAGGUUUUGGCAGCGCACUAUUCUCAUGGCCGGCUCAGGCCUCGAUGCAGGCUCACAUCAAGCACGAACACCUCGCCGUUAUGACAGGCACGUUCCUGGCUUCAUACAACGUCGGGUCUGCUAUUGGAAACACAAUCUCCGGAGCAAUCUGGACCCAGCUCCUACCAUCCUCGCUCCAGGCCGAACUCAGCGGUAUUAACCCCGCCCUGGCCAUCUCUGCAUACAAGGAUCCGUUUACCGCAAUCGCCGAAUGGCCCAUGGGUACACCUGAACGCACGGCUAUUGUUAGCUCCUACCAGUACAUCCAACACCGUAUCACUAUCACCGGUAUCUGUCUCUGCGUGCCACUCAUGGCGUUUGCCUUGGCCGUGCGCGACCCCAAGCUUAACGACGAGCAAACUCUAGCUAGCGAUGAUGAUCUGCCCUGCCAAACAGGGUUGUCAGAACCUCCGCAACAGCCAAAGAUGGGCCAUGGAGACCCAACCAAGUUCCCAGGAGCCGUACACUAG